AUGAUUGAUAAAACUCAAGAACAACAUUAUAAAACGCGCCGUCGUAUUAUAAUAUCGUUUUGGAUAGUUAUAUUAAUAGGUCUUCCGUUUUGGUGGAAGACUACUGAAGUUUAUCGUGCUCAAUUACCCUUUACUGAAAUAGAAGAAUGGUCAAAAUGGGAGAAAUUUGAGCUUGAAUUUCCAAUUGAUAUAAGACUUUAUGUUGCUCAAACUAAAGGAAAGAAGGAGGGGACGGAGGAUUAUUUUAAAGACCUGGCAAAUAUUGUUGAAAAUUCUAUCAACAACAAGUCUGUUAAUUUUACAAAAUAUCAUAACAAGAACAUUAAAAAAUCAAUAAAAUAUCCUAUUAAAAUUCAAAUAUUGAAAUGGGAACAUUGGGGAAGUCAAAAUCCAAAUACUAUUUUAGAUUUAAUUGGUAAAAAUGGACAAUAUGAUUUUUAUAUUAUGCCUGGUGAUAAUAAUUUAUCAUCAUCAAAAGUUUUAGUAGGAAAUCAAAGACAAGCAAUUCCUGAGCAGACUGCCAUAAAAAAACUUUUAAUGGAACAAGAAGUAGUUGCAAAGGUAGAGUUUGAUAAUAUGAGAACAAUGAAAUAUUCACCAUUGUAUCAAGUAACAUUUAGUUUAUUGAAUGGAAAUCCAUCAACUCUGCAUGUAGAUUGGGAUAUUGAACAAGCAGUUAAUAAAUUUUUGAAACCAUUUAUUAAUAAAAAUAUUGUAGGGAAUAAUGCAUUUCUUAUUCCUAGAUGGGGAGGAGUGAUAAUCAAUAACAUUGAUGAUAGGUCAAUUGGAAAUAAUAAUAAUCAUUUUUUCACUUUUGAAGAAUUAAAAUCUGUAAUGUCUAUAUUUAUAAUGCAAUUAAGAGGUUUACUUGGUGUACAAGAUUUUUGGGGAAAAGCAAGACUUAAUUUAGAUUCAUUAAUAAAUAUAGAAUUUACAUCACCACCAAACACAGCAAUCACAAUGUGGGAACUUGAUAGUUUGAUAAGACGUCGUAUAGCAGAAAAUAUUGAUGCAACCAUUUCAACAUUAAAAUCAUUGUCACAAUUAGUCACAGAAAUUCCAAAUAUGGUUGUACUGGAUCAUAUCCAAACUGAAGUUUUGUUAGCAUUAAAUAGUUUAUCAAAGUCAUGUGACAGUUUAAAAAUGAAACGAUAUGAUGUAGCAUUAAAACAUGCAAAAGAGGCGAUAGAAAGAGCAGAAUCAGCAUUUUUUGAUCCAACAAUGGUUUCCAUGCUUUAUUUUCCUGAUGAACAUAAAUAUGCAAUUUACAUGCCAUUAUUUGUACCUAUAUCUGUACCAUUAUUGAUUGCUUCUUAUCGAGAAAUAAAAGGAUUAUAUCCUUUUUAUUAA